AUGCUCAAAACUCGAAAUCUUCCAUGGCUGCCCAACGAUGUGCUGGAGAACAUUGUAUUCUUUGCUGUUGUCGAGACAGGUGAUGAUUGCAAGAUUUGCUUACAAAGUGACGCGGUGAAUGCUUCGAGUCAAUCAGAGAAUCCCAAUUCCGACUGUUUGCGAGUUUUGAACAAUCUCAAGCUAUCGUGCAAUGCCUUUCGAUCGGCUUGCAGGAUAGAAACGGUAGCGAGGAAAUGUCUGUCAGAGCCAAAGCGGAUGGCUUGUCUCUUGAGAGCCUCGCGGAGGGUUCAGUUGUGGUUAUUCUUGAGGGCAUCGGGGGGAUACGAUAGAGCAGUAAAGGCUUUCCAGAGAGAAAUCGCAUGCCUAAAAGCUUCAACGGUCCCUCCACCUAUUGUCUCUACCUUGCAGAAACUCUGUGGGACGCUUUUUACUCAGAUCGGAAGAUACGCGGAGGCAGAAGAGAUGCUCAACGAUGCUCUUGUGCUUGACAAGAUAAUUCAAGGCCCUUCGUCCCCCGAGGUUGCAAGCACCCUCCACAACUUGGCCGAUAUGCUACGCGGCUCGGUAUCUGCCUGCCAGACAGCGCGAGAGAGGUAUCUCGCAGCGCUGAGGGGAAUAGGAUAUGCGAGGGAGUGCCUGAGGAUACGGAUGCAAGCUUGUGGGAUGCAGUCGUCGCCUGUCGCCUGCGCGUUGCAUGUGCUGGGAUAUCAUUGUGCGGAGUAUGCGAGUGGAGCGCAUGCGAUUCCGUUCUUCAAGCAUGCGACUGAUGCCCUGCAGAAAUCCAACGAAAUCUUCGCGAGGGUGGGCGACGAUGAGAUGAAUGCUACGACGCUGCAAGACCUGGGGUUGUGUUACUACUAUCAGAUGAAAUAUAAAGAAGCCAUGCACUACUACGAAUCUGCUUGUCACCUUAUCAUGGAGAAGUUCGGAUCUCACCACCCUGAUCUUGCUGUUCCCACUUUCAACAUUGCAAAUGUUAUGUGUGCGGCUGGGAAGUAUCGAAGAGCAAUCAGUUUCUAUGAGGUUGCAUACAAUAUCAACCGAGACACUCUCGGCAAGGAUCACAAGUGGACAGAGACGGCGCUUGCAUCGUUGCAGGAAGCGAUUGACCGAGACAGGGACAUCACGGGAGCAGAAAUUGUGUUCACCGAGGAUUCCGACACCAGCCUCAUGGUCGAUACUGACACGUCAGCAUCUCUCAACACGUCACGCAACGAGGGUGAAGACAUCGCUGUGAACCUUCAGUUCAUCGUCGAAGAGUCGAACUCGAGUUGUUGGCAAGAGAGAGGAGCGAACAAAGAGGGCGAGGAAGCAGGAAGGAGUGCGUUCAGCAUCGGAGAGCUGCUCGCCAGCCUGGUUGAGGAUCCUGUGGAGAUUGAGCAGGACGAAGCAGACGAGUACGAUGGAUAUGACUUCGAGGAGAGAUCGGAGGAGGACAUGGAAGAGGAGGAGCGACAAUUGGCGAUGAUCAACGAGACGCUGGAGUGGUUGUGGGACGACCCGCAGCAUGUGGAACAGGAACACGUCAUGUCCGUGUGA